GACGUAGUAUUUUUCAAUAUCUUCCUGCUGGAGCAUAUGAGAAUCGCAUUGAAUUCGAAAAUGCAAGAAAAAAUAAGCAAAGAAACUAUGCUUUAAAAGAAUUAUCUAAGUUAAUUCAAAAAAAAUGUGAUCGUGUUGAAGGUAUUUUUGCUCGAUAUGGUGGAAAAGAGUUUACUAUUCUCCUCAAUAAUAAUAAUGUAGUGUCGGCCUUUAAAUUUGCUGAAGAAAUCAGAGCUUCUGUUGAAACUCACUUAUUUUUUUUUCACGGAAAAAAAUUGCCUACUUCGCUUAGCGUUGGUGUUUCCAGAAUGAACUCAUCGGUAGAAACAUAUACUGAAUCAUGCCGAAGAAGCUUGUAG